UGCUGACCAAUUUCUAACAGACCAAUCUCCCGCAGAAGAAUCUCCUACUAAUCAAUCUCUUACAGAUCAAUUUCCUGCACUUCCAUCCCCUGCUGAGGCAAAUAUAUCUUCACGUCGUUCCACCAGGCUACGUCGCCCACCUAAUCGGUUCCAAGAUUAUCAAACAGAUUUCUAAGGCACGGGUGAAUGUCGUGAAGCCAUUAAAUAUAAGAAGAAGAUUUUAGUUACAUUUUAUCUGUCAAAUAGUCGUGUACAAUUUUUAGUUUAUUAAAGCCUAAUAAUGGGUAAAUCUAGUUUUAAUUAAUAAUUCAAUACUAUAUUCAUAUCAAUUUAAUAAACUAAAAAUUACUUAUAAUCUAUAAUGGAUAAGUAUCUAAGACCCGAAAGAUUCGAUGCAGAUCCGUCAGCAAAUAUUGAUCAAUCUCCGCUAUGGAUACAUUGGAAACAAACUUUUGAGAAUUUUAUUAGUGCUAUAAAUACUAAGGAUAAUCCUAUUACUCCAGAGCAGCAAUACCAAGUACUCGUCAAUUACUUAUCGCCGAUUCUUUAUGCACAUAUCAAAGAAUGUAACAACUACACUACAGCGAUUCUUAAAUUAAAUCAAUUAUUUACAAAACCUGUAAACGAAAUCUAUUCAAGACAUCGUCUUAUGAAGCGAUAUCAGCAAUCCGGUGAGUCAGUUCAUCAAUAUAUACAAGCUCUUAAACUAUUGUCGAAAGAAUGUAACUUCCAUAAAGUUACAGCAGAACAGAAUGAAAGUGAAUACAUAAGAGACGCUUUCAUAGGCGGACUGGUGUCACCUGUAAUACGUCAAAGACUGUUAGAAAAUAGUACUUUAACCCUAGAUGCGGCCUUCCAGCAAGCUCAAUCACUGGAGUUAGCAGAAAUUCAUAAUCAGAAUUAUCUACGUGACACUAAUCCUGUAAUAAAUAAUACAAAUAACUGUUCUAAUAUUCCAGUUUUAAAGGAUUCUAUGUCUGCUGACAAUAAGAAUACUGAUGUCACCGUUGCUGCAACACCAAAUUAUAGAAAUACGUUUGAGUCUUGUUACUUUUGUGGAAAAAAAAGACAUCCACGAAGAUUCUGUCCAGCAGCCAGUUCAACGUGUCUUUCAUGUGGUAAGAGGGGUCAUUUUGCUAAAGUCUGUCGAAAUAAAUCUCAACGCAACGCAGCUACCUCCAACGAAAAUCAGUCAAUCGAAACACUCUCCUGCAUACUAUCUGCUGCAGAUUUAAGUAAAGCGACUGUUCCUAUUAUUAUCAAUAACAAAAUUAUGGCUAGAGCACUAAUAGAUACAGGCAAUAACAAUGGCCAAGUCAAACCUUAUAUCACAUGUAAAAAGCAGAUGUGCAUUAACUAUAGAAAUACAAAAACAAAAGGUGGAAGUCAAUCUUAUGGUGAUGGAAGGAUUAUGUUCUGA